UAAAACUAAUCAACAGAAUCCCAGUUGAACCAGCAGUCACAUGUGUUUGUCUGAGGCAGAAGAAACAAGGAGGGGAAAAAAAUCAUCUGAUAAGUGAGGCAGCCAUGGCAGCUGAGCUAGACGUUUUGAACCUGUUUAUCAUUGCUGGGGGAACACUGGCUAUUCCCAUUCUGGCCUUUGUCGCUUCCUUUCUUCUUUGGCCCUCAGCUCUCAUUAAAAUUUAUUACUGGUACUGGAGGAGGACUCUGGGUCUACAGGUACGCUAUGCAGACUGUGGUGGCUAUCGCUUCUGUUACUCGUGCAGAGGAAAGCCUGGGAUGAGACCUUCCAUUCUGAUGCUGCAUGCCUUCUCUGCUCACAAAGACACAUGGCUCACUGUUGUCAAGUAUCUACCAAAACAUCUGCACAUUGUGUGUGUGGACAUGCCUGGCCACGAGGGAACAACACGCACCAACACAGAGGAUUAUUCCAUCCAGGGGCAGGUCAGAAGGAUCCAUCAGUUUGUGGAAACCAUUCACUUGAACAGGAAACCUUUCCAUCUGGUGGGAACCUCCAUGGGGGGAAAUGUAGCCGGCGUUUACGCGGCCUGCUAUACCUCAGAAAUCUGUAGUAUGACUCUCAUCUGUCCAGACGGCAUAAGACAUCCAUGUGAGACCAAAUUUGACAAUCACCUGCAGGACCUGGAGCACAGCAAUUACACAUUAAACAUCCCUCUGAUCCCCACCACACCCGAAGAGAUGGAGGACAUGUUCAGACUUUGUUCCCAUGUUCGCUUUAAAAUCCCUCAACAGAUUCUUCAAGGAUUGGUAGAUGUUCGGCAGCCUCACAACACAUUUUACGAAGAAGUAUUUAUGGAGAUUGUUGGUGAGAAAUCAAGAUAUGCCUUACAGGAUCACUUACAUCUGAUCACUGCACCUUUACAAGUGAUAUGGGGCAAACAAGACCAGGUGGUGGAUGUCUCUGGAGCCGCAGUUAUUGCAGAGGUGUUGCCUGGAUGCAGAGUGGACCUGCUAGAGAACUGUGGCCACUCUGUCGUGAUGGAGAGGCCUUGUCGGACUGCCAAACUCAUCCUGGAGUUCAUCAUUUUGCAACAGAAUGCCAGGGGUGGCAUAAAGAAAUCUUCCUGAACAAAAGACUUUUCAUCACCUCCUUCCUUCGAAAUGCUUCAUGUGUUCCAAAUACGUGACAUGCAUGUCCAUACAAAAAAUAUAUACAUUAAGCCAGUAGGCAAGGG